CUAGCAUAUUAUAGCCCAUGUUACCCUUGAUGUAGUAUCGUCUCCUUAGGCUAGUCGAUCGUUCCAAAGUCCUGGGGAAAACAAUAUACUCCAGCCAGCCGGCCUACUGAGAAUGGAUCCGGAAAAGACGGAGAACGAGUCUGUCGAGACAACUACGACAAUUCCCAAUCUAGAUUCUUCGACCAUGGAACCAGAUUCGGAAAGGGGUGUUGAGGAGGGAUCUAACAGUCGCGAACUUGCUGCUGAUGAGAAAGAUCCGAAUAUCGUCGACUGGGAUGGACCGAACGAUCCAGAAAAUCCGAUGACCUGGCCCGACAGUAAGAAAUGGAUCAAUAUCAGUAUCAUAUCAAUCAUCACCAUUGUGACCCCCUUAGGUUCUUCGAUGUUUGCCCCCGGUAUUCCUGGUAUUAUGGUCGAAUUCCAUUCAACAUCAUCUACCGUAGCCACCUUCCUUCUCUCGAUAUAUAUCCUAGGUUUUGCUUUCGGUCCUCUACUAGUAGCUCCGCUAAGCGAAAUCGUCGGCCGCCAACCCCUUUACGUGGUCGGUAACAUAGUUUUCGUCCUCUUCACCGUCGGCGCCGCUCUUUCCAACAGCAUCGGAAUGUUAAUGGCAUUCCGAUUACUCAUGGGCCUUGCCGGAUCUAUUCCCAUCACCAUCGGAAGUGGUACAAUCGCAGAUAUAAUGCCAAUUGAGAAACGUGGCAGAGCCAUGUCGCUUUGGUCAUUAGGCCCCCUCUUGGGCCCUUGUAUUGGGCCCAUCGCUGGUGGUUACUUGAUCCAGGCCGCUGGCUGGAGGUGGGUGUACUGGCUGAUGGUAAUUCUUGCCGGAAUAUUCAUCCCUGUUUCCGUCAUCUUCCUCAAAGAAACUUUCGCCCCUGUCCUUCUCGAACGCAAGACUCAGAGGCUCCGCAAGGAGACAGGCAACACAAACUUAUGCAGCAAGCUUUCAGACAGACUCAGCCCUAUAGAUAAAUUCAAAGUAGCCAUAGUUCGCCCGCUAAAACUCCUAGUAUUAACGCCGAUCGUCACACUGAUGUCGUUAUAUGUCGCGAUAGCUUACGGAAUCCUAUAUCUUCUCAUUACUACCUUUUCGUUCGUGUUUACGGAUCAGUACGGCUUCAGCGAGGGCGACAACGGCCUAACAUUCCUCCCAUCCGGAAUAGGUUUCAUAGUUGGCGUUGUAUGCUUCGGACAGCUCGUAGAUUGGAUGGUCAAACGAAACCAGGCGAAGGGCAUCGCGCAUAAACCCGAAGCUCGUCUUGUACCCGCCCUUACGAUUCCCUGCGGCCUCACACUCCCCAUCGGCUUGUUCAUAUACGGCUGGACUACCCAGUACGCAGUGCACUGGAUUGUCCCUAUGAUUGGCGUUCUCAUUUUCAGCGCCGGAUUAAUGGGCGUAAUGUUUUGCAUACAGAACUACCUUGUCGAUACGUAUCUCCGCUAUGCAGCAUCUGUCACAGCGGCAAUGACCGUCCUUCGGUCCUUGCUAGGUGCGCUUCUCCCCCUGGGUGGUCUCGAGAUGUACAACGCUCUAGGCCUUGGAUGGGGCAACAGCUUGCUCGGGUUCAUCUCACUUGCACUCAUCCCGAUACCUGUCAUUUUCUAUGUGUUCGGCGAGAGGAUAAGGGGCAGGUUCAACGUCAAGUUAUGAUGAUGCCUAUUUGAUCGUUAGUAGGUAGUUGGCCAUUAACAGUAGCUCAAUAGAUUGAACAUAAGCCGUCGUUCAAACAUCGGCUGUUUCUCCUUCCCGUUUAGCUUCUCAUGAGACCUGAUGAGAGAAUUAUCUUCAUGGAAUUUGUGAUCCUUCCAAUCUGAUACAUAGAAAUUCACGUAACAGCAAUUGAAUGCCACUUUUCGUAUAUCAUUACAUGCCAAAGGGGGGGAAUAGAUAGAAUGGGAUUCUGUGAUGAUUUAUACAUAGAAGUUGUACAGUGUUCGGAGAUACCCGGUGUUCUCGGUAGCCGUCGUAGCCGGAGCGGGGCCGGGGGGGGGGGUAAGGCCUAGAAUUUCCUCAGAUGCUUUUGUCGUUGCGUGAUCUCGACUC